AUGCGAAAAGACGGUCAUGUGCUGGCUAUGGGCAUCGAGGGCAGUGCGAAUAAACUGGCUGUGGGGAUACUCUGGUACCGAACGAAUGGCGAGACCGAGAUCCUGUCCAACCCUCGCAAGACGUACAUCACACCUCCAGGCCACGGAUUCCUGCCGCGUGAGACGGCGUGGCAUCACCAGAACCACGUUGUGGCUAUUGUUCGGGCAGCGCUAGUAGAGGCUAACGUCUCUCCAGACGAGCUCGACUGCAUUUGCUACACAAAAGGUCCAGGCAUGGGUGGUCCGCUGCGCUCGGCGGCUGUGUGCGCGCGCAUGUUGUCGUUACUGUGGAAGAAACCGCUCGUGGGCGUCAAUCAUUGCGUUGGACAUAUCGAGAUGGGCAGGACAGUGGCCAAGACGACGAACCCAGUCGUGUUGUACGUCAGUGGUGGUAAUACGCAAGUCAUUGCCUACUCGAUGCAGUGCUACCGCAUCUUUGGCGAGACAAUUGAUAUUGCUGUCGGAAAUUGCUUGGACCGAUUUGCGCGAGUGCUAAAGCUUUCGAAUGAUCCGAGUCCCGGAUACAACAUUGAAGUGUUGGCGAGAGAAGGCAAAAAGUUCAUUGAACUGCCGUAUAUCGUGAAAGGCAUGGAUGUGUCGUUCUCGGGCAUCUCGACGUUCGUCGAGAAAGAGGCUGACACCAAGAUUCAAUCUGGCGAAUGUACAAAAGCAGACUUGUGCUACUCGUUGCAAGAAACGAUUUUUGCGAUGCUUGUGGAAAUUACGGAACGUGCGAUGGCACACUGUGGACAGUCAGAGGUGCUCAUUGUCGGUGGCGUGGGAUGCAACUUGCGACUGCAAGAAAUGAUGGGCAUCAUGGCGAAGGAGCGUAAUGGUCGCGUGUGUGCAAUGGACCAUCGUUAUUGUAUCGAUAACGGUGCGAUGAUUGCUCAAGCUGGGGUCUUACAAUUUCAAUAUGGGGACACGACACCACUGGAGGAGGCUACGUGCACUCAAAGGUUUCGUACUGAUGAAGUUCCCGUGAUUUGGCGAUCUGAUUGA